AUGUCGUGGGAUGAUUAUGUUGAUAUGCUUCAAGGACAAACAAAUGCAGCAGCAAUCUUCUCAGUAGAAGGAGCCUUAUGCGCUAAAACAGAAAAUUUCGCUGCUACUCCAACAAAUUUAGUUCAUUGGUCAAAAAUGCUUAAAGAUCCAUCUUUAGCUCGUCAACACGGUAUUCCUUAUAAUGAGCAAAAACUAUUUCCUCUGGAGUAUACAAAAGAUUACAUUCAUGCAAUGCAAGACGAAUUAAACAUAUGCAUGAAAAAGACUACUACUGUGGUCGUUGUAGGCAUUUGUGGCGGCGACAGACCACAAAAUGAUGCCAAAAACCAGGUUCUUAAUGUGGCAAAAAUAUUAGCAGAUGCCGGCGUCUAA